CCCUAAAGCUGGCGGGUUGAAUUCUUUGCUCCUCAGUGAAGUCCUCUCUCGCACCACCUUUGCAUAAAAGAGGGAGUCCCGGCCCUCGCCAACACGCGAGGUAUUUCGUCUGUCCGCCGGCUGUGCCAGGUGAACUCCUGCGGAGCUGAGAGGCCAAGCAGGGACUCGCCGAGCCUCGCCGGCAGAGCCAGCAGCUGCUGCAGGUUAAGCUUCGUCCUCCGCGCCUGGUGGCCUCUCGCCAGUACGCGCCAGGGGUCCCUAGGAGAGGGGACGCGCUUGGCCUGAUCUGUCCAACUUCUGGGGCAUUCACGGGGUACUAACUGCCCUCCCGGUCUCCCCCCGCGCCACUGCCCCAACUCGCUUCCCCGGGGCUCCGGAAGGGAAGGAGGCGUGUCUGCAGCAGGCGGGAGGGAGCAAUAUAAAAGUGCUGGCGGCGCGCGGGCCCGGGCUUAGCUCGCCGCCUCGCGCCGGGUCCGGGAUCGCCGCGGGAAGCACGGGCGGUGGAGAAGGUGCUGCGCUCGGGCUGCCCAAUGCGUGGACUAUCUGCAGCCGCUGCUCGUGCAAUAUGCUGGAGCUCCAGAACAGCUAAACGGAGUCGCCACACCGCUGCCUGGGCUGGAUCACAGCGCAGCCUUUCCUUAUGAAGAAGACACAAACUUGGAUUAUCACUUGCAUUUAUCUACAACUGCUCCUAUUUAACCCUUUCGUCAGCACUACAGGGAUCUGCAUGAACCGUAUAACUGAUGAUGUGAAAGACGUUACAAAAUUGGUGGCAAAUCUUCCAAAAGACUAUAAGAUAGCACUCAAAUAUGUCCCUGGAAUGGACCUUUUGCCUAGUCAUUGUUGGAUAAGUGAAAUGGUGGAACAAUUGUCAGUCAGCUUGACUGAUCUUCUGGACAAGUUUUCAAAUAUUUCUGAAGGCUUGAGUAAUUAUUCUAUCAUAGACAAACUGGUGAAAAUAGUGGAUGACCUUGUGGAGUGCAUGGAAGGACGACGCCCAUUUGAGAAUGUAAAAAAAUCAUCUAAGAGCCUCGAAUCCAAGCUGUUUACUCCCAAAGAAUUCUUUAGAAUUUUUAAUAGAUCCAUCGAUGCCUUCAAGGACUUGGAGAUGGUGUCAUCUAAAACUAAUGAAUGUGCGGUUUCUUUAACAUUAAGCCCUGAAAAAGAUUCCAGAGUCAGUGUCACAAAACCAUUUAUGUUACCCCCUGUUGCAGCCAACUCCCUUAAGAAUGACAGCAGUAGCAGUAAUAGGAAGACCUCAAAUUCCAUUGGAGACUCCAACCUACAAUGGGUAGCUAUGGCGUUGCCGGCAUUCUUUUCUCUUGUAAUUGGAUUUGGUUUUGGAGCCUUAUACUGGAAGAAGAAACAAUCAAAUCAUACAAGAGCAGUUGAAAAUAUACAGAUUAAUGAAGAGGAUAAUGAGAUAAGUAUGUUGCAAGAAAAGGAGAGAGAGUUUCAAGAAGUGUAAUUGUGGCUUGUAUUAACACUGUUACUUUCGUACAUUGGCGGGUAACAGUUCAUGUUUGCUUCAUAAAUGAAGCAGCUUUACACAAAUUCAUAUUCUGUCUGAAGUGACAGACCACGUCUUUAUCUGUUCUUGCUACCCAUGACUCUCUAUGGAUGAUUCAGAAAUUGGAACAAAGUGUUUUACUGUGAAACUGGCACUGAAUUAAUCAUCUAUAAAGAAGAACGUGCAUGGAGCAGGACUCUAUUUUAAGGACCUGGGGGACUUGUAGUCUCAUUUAGAACCCGCAGUUGAUGUUGGGAGAGAAAGCACGUGUCCCAGACUGCACGCACCAUUUUGCAUGCCUCCAGAGACGUCUAAUUGCUGAAAAGCCACAUAGUUUUAUUUUCAGUUACAAUCUGCAGUUUGUAGUUAUCUUGGUCUCUUCAAGUAGAGUUCAGCCUGGAUAGUUGAGGUAAUAAUUUUUCUCAAAGGGAUCUAGAAAAAUUUUUUAAAAAACAGCAAACUCAAUAGCCUCAGCCACUGUACAUGUAGAAAGCAGUGGGAAAAGGUGAUUGGAGUAGGCAUCACAUCAGCUUUGUAGCCGCUGAUUAAUGAUAUGGGCCUGAUCUUGGUCUCUUCCUGACAUAAACCAUGCUCACCCAUAUCUCCCUAGACAGAUGGACAGAGUUGGCUGGGUCUAUCCAUGCAGGGGAGCAAGUACUGAAUUAGAACAGUGAUGCCUUUGCAAAGGGGUGGCUCCCUGAGUCAUCAUGGGAAGAAGUUAUGAACACUAAACCACAGCACAGGCGCUGAGGAGGACAUUUGGCACCCCUGGUGAAGUCGGCUUUUUCCCUGGACCACUAUAGAGUGUAUAAAUCAUGCUUGCAAAAUAUAUUACAAAGUGUUUAUAUUCUAAAACUAUUAUAGAGUUAUGCAAAGGGAUUUAGGAGAAACUGCUGAAUGUAUGAAGGUCCCGUUUUUCAAUUUUCACAUGGGAAUGAGUAAAAAUAUGAUAGUAUCUAAGGUUAGAGAACCACACCCAUGUGCUGACAGGGGUGCUGAAAACUAGGUUACUUGGCUUUUACAAGGAUGGAAGGAAUCAGGAAACUCUACAUAUUUAUAGUAUAAUCACCAUUAUCUGUUUAAAUGAUCCAUUUAUUUAAAAUCAGGCACUCUGUAUCCAUUAAGGUUUAUGAAUUUAAGAAAAAGAGAGAUUUAUGUAGUUAUGCAUGUCAGUUUGCUAUUUAAAGUGUAUGACAGCGUUUGUCAUGUUAAGAGUGAAUUUGGCAGGAAUUCGCAAAAUGGACGUUGCGCUUUUUAAAACUAGAGCUUGUAAGACAUUAUGUGAAUUUCCAUUGCCUUUUUUUUUUUUAUGGUCAAAGGAACAUCUGACUAAAGUCAAAGAAUGAUUUCUUAUGGCUUAUUUUGAUGAAGGUUCUUUUAGUACAUCACGAAUAUACACAUAAAGGAAUCCAAAGCCUUCCAUUAUAACUGAAUCCUUCUAAUAUUAUUGCCCUGUACUACUACCCUAAGAGGACCAUUUUCAACAUAGCGAUACAAAAGGGCAUGGAAAACUAAUGCUGGCUUUCCUUUGAUUUCAAAAGUCUAAGGAUUUCUAGUGUAGUUGGAUUUUAGCUUAUGCGCAAAGCUAAUACAGAUACAACUUCAAUACAUGGCCAUUGCUCUCCCUUGUACCAAAGAGCUCAGAUGAUUUCUAUGACCCUUUUUUCUCUAAAGAGCUGUGGUUCUUCAAAGACGAGUCACUUCUCUAAGACACAACCCCAGUGUUUUGGGAAGGUGCAUUAACUUAUUUAGGCCCUCUGAUAUCCAUCCCAUGGUACAAUCGAUUAGUAAUAAAACCAGAGAUCAGUUUAAUUGCUGAAAGGACCUGUUUCAGUCAUAUGACACUGAUUGUUGGGAAGAAAAUAGACAUAGAUUAAUAUGAGUUAUGUGAAUAGGGCAUGAGUAGAUUGAAAAGAAUGAUUCUUAAGAGUAUGAUUUGUUUCACCAAUGGUUUUGAUUUUCUUAGAUAUGUGAAAGUGCUGUUUAAUGUUAGCUUGAGAGUACAAUGAAUGUACUUUUGUUUUCAAAGCUAGUAGCUGGGUUUUAACAUGCAAGGACAUGGUCCUAACCAAUAAAAUUAAAUAAACAAAUUCAGCAAAUUAUGAAAUAUGGCAGAGUAGGUGAGGGGAGAUAUAUUCUGCCUAAUUAAAUGUAUUGGUUCAUUUAGAGUUAUAUGGAUUACCAAUUUUGAAAACACUAAAGUUCCAUAAAAAUGUGUGAACAAUGGAAAAAUGCUGAACAUUAUUUUGGAUGCUAGCUUCUUGGGCAUUAACUGUGUCAUAUCUGCUUUAAGAUUAUAUAUAUAUAUAUAUAUAUAUAUAUAUAUAUAUAUAUAUAUCUUUGCUUUAUUUUAUCUGAUAUUUUUAUCCAAUAUCUUCAAAAUCAGCCUUUUAAAAUGGUCUCAGAAGUUGGCGGAUUCUAAAUUACACUGAAAGCCUUCCACCUCUUUGGUAGAACACAAGACUAUAAAGAAACUAACUGGCUCUGUGAUAAACGGUUCCUUCUCAGUGGUAUCAAAGUGUUCCUGAAUUUUGUAUUAUAAUCAGACGUGUUUACCACACUGCCACUUUUUAAUGAGUCAGAGACAAAUUGGAUUUUUUUAAAAAUACAAUAAUAGAAUAAGUAGCCUACCCUCUUAAAAAAGGAUUAAGUAUGUGAAAAAUGAAAAAGUAUGUGUUCAUAUUGAAGUGUUUGUUUUUAGUAAGAAACACAUUUCAUUGAGUAUUAAAGUACUUUGGAGAAACGUUGUGGCAUAUUUUAGAACUCUAAUUCAAUUGAAAUUAAAUUAACAAAAAAACCUAUUCAGAAUUCAUGGAUUAUUUGUUAAUGUUUUUCUUCAGCUAGGUUUUGGUUUCAAAAUAUAAUUCCAAUUUAGGGCUUUUAACCAUUCCAUAUCUAUGCUUCUUAAACUAAAACAUGUUUUUUAAAAAGGCAGUUUGGCAUAGCGGGAUAGAUGGGAAAACUUGUCAGGUGUCCCCACUCUGCCAUUAACUGAUAUUGGUAACUCACCUCCCCUCUUUGGGUCUCAUUUUUUUAUUUAUCUGUAUGACAAGCUCGGAGGUCACACCUUAGGUAUGAAACCUACUGAUAUAUGACUGACAAAGAAGAUAAAUAGAGCUGAAACUAUCCCAUGCAAAAUACCCAACCUUUAUCUCUGUGAAUAAACAAUUUGAACAUAAAAAGUCAUUGCUGUUCUUGUUUGUAAUGUAAAUAGGAUCCAUUAGUAAAUGUGAAAUUCAGUCUCAUUUUGGGUGAAUUGGAUAACCAUUUCCACAAGAGGUGGUUUUUUUCCUUUGCUUAAAUAAACAUUUUUGGAUCACCUCUGAAGAAGACCAUUAUGUUUUGGUCAGGAAGAGAUACUCUAAGGUGUGUGUAACAUUUGGAAAUGCACCACAUUAAGCAUUUAAAUGCUCGUGUUUUAUUAAAAGAUAAGAGCAGAAAAUGUAAGGUGCGCCAAGUUUUUUUGAAUGCCGAAAGAUAAUUUAGAAUCCAUUAAGUAAGGGGUAAUUCAUAAAAUACAUUUUAAAUUGGAAAGUGGGAUAAGAAUUUUAAAGUAAGCCAGUUUUUCUUUGAAACAAUAUUAUAUUGAAGUUGGCAUUAAAAUAUAAACAUUCUGAUUGAAAUUCUAAUUAGUUCAUUUGUGGUAUCUGAUCACACAAUGUACGAGUAUGGUGUUGCUGCUUUCCUUUGACAAGUCUGGAAAGCCUUUGUUUGUAAAGAUAGAAUAAUAGAACUUACAUUUCCUAACAAGGUAUUGUUUUAGAAAUAAUCCAUAUUAAAAUGGAUAUUCAUGAUCCAAAAAUGUUUGCUAAGCAUUGUAAAUUUAUUUAUAACUGCCAUGUCCAACUAUAUCCUUGUGAUGUUUUUUUAAAAAAAUAUAACUCUUUAAACUAAAACCAUAGUAUUUUCAGUGACUUGAUUUCUGAGCUAUAAGACUCACUGAAUACAAUUUUUCAAUCAAAAUAUCCUAUUCUCCUAUGUUCUAAGGGUUAAUGUGUGAUUACAGUGUCCCACUUGCCACUAUUUUUUAAAUCAAUGGACUUGAAAAGUAUUCAGAUAUUUAGAUGGAUGCACAGAUAUAUUGCUUGUUCAGUCAUAGAUUGGAGUUUGCAUAUCGUAUUGUAUUGUAAAUGUAUGUCAAUGCUAUUCUAAAUAGUUUUAUUAUGACUGAAGUUUAAUUAAAUAAAAAAGGUUGUAAAAUGUGAUGUGUAUGUGUAUAUACUGUAUGUGUACUUUUUAAAAUAGGUAUAUGUCCUGACCUUUUUUAUACAGGUUUGAAUUUGAAAUUACAUUAUAUAUACAUAUACUUUAUUGUUCUAAAUAAAGAAUUUUAUGCACUCUC